GCUUCCCUGACAGCGCCGCACGGAAAAGAAACCCGCUACAGAUCGUGAGAGUAUCCAGAACCUCUACCUCUUCUUCUAUGUACUUGUUCAUCAGCCCUCAGAUUCCACUAUCCAGAUGGAAGUGGCCUUGGCUAAGAAACAUGUAGUUCAAUUGACUGGUUUCAGGGGCGAUGAGAAGGAAGCUUUGAUUGAACAGAUCUUCAGACUUGAUUGUUUCUUUAUUGACUCCGAGACUUUUGAAAACUGCACACACCUUAUUGCAAGUAAACCGUGCAGGAGUGAGAAGUGGCUUUCAGCCUGUGCAACAGGAAAGUGGGUACUGACUAAAGACUACAUAAUUAACAGUGCAAGAAGUGGCAGAUGGCUUGAUGAAACGACUUACGAAUGGGGAUAUAAAAUCGAAAGAGACUCCCAUUAUUCACCUCAGAUGCAAUCUGCACCUAAAAGAUGGCGCCAACACCUGACACGCACUGGUGCUCUGGGGGCCUUCAGCAGAUGGAAAGUAGCCCUGCUUGUUAAAGAAGGUCAUAAAGAAAGGGGGGCUUUUAUAAGAGUUCUGAAGGCUGGACAUGCAACGUUCUGUGACACAGCAGAUUCUUCUGACGUUACUCACGUUUUUACUACCAGUUCCUCAUUACUGGAAAAUCAAGUAUUGAAUGCACCAUAUUACUCGGUGCAGUUCCUUGGAAGAUAUCUCUUAGAGGACCCCAUCGAAGAUGUGUCAGUAAUUAUGACAGAUGAGAUGGCUUCUGACAUAAUGCAUUCUGUAUGGAAACAUCUUUGUUUUGCUCAGGCUCGUCACCAUAAUUGCAUUAAUUGGCAAAGUUCACCAAAGGAAACAAAUACGGUGAAAAACGCUUGGGAAAUUGGCAGAGUGACUUUGAAUAGGAUUGAGGGACUUCUAGAGAUUCAGUUCUUCCACGAGGCGAUCAUGGAACUCCAUCAGCUCUUUCCCUCUCUCCCACCUUUAAGUUUGUGUCGGUCCCUUCUUCGGCAUGUUCUCCUGGGGAAUGUAGACGUCAGUUGUUUUAGAAGAUUAUUUGACAUUUUUUACAACUUACUGCUUUUCCAUCCGCCGUGGGAGUCCCGGUGUGUGAUGCAGUAUUACAUCGAUUUACUUCAGUGUCCUAUAUGUGAAGCGGGCACAUGGGCGUUUGUGGAGUCCCUCGUGAGGUGCUUUCUUAACGACACAUUUUGUUUUUGCCAUCAAUCUGACGUGGAAAUCGAUUAUCAAAAGAGGCAAAUGGUGGUCAGCUCUCUUCUGAAGUUUGUCGCCACUGUGUUGCAGGAAGAAGCAAAAUUUCUAAGCGCAAAACUUUGUCAAUGUCCAGAACUUCCACGCAGAACUUUGCCCCUAUCUUUUACUGUUCACGUAUUUUGGUCUGAAUUUAAGACUCUGAAACUUUUAACAAAACAAAUGACUUCUUUGACAGAUUUGGUAUUAAGAUGCCACAAAGAAAUAAGUCAUUCUGAUAAGUUUGUAUUCCAAGAAGUAAGAUAUCACUUGAAUAUGAUGCUCGGUGCUGCUGUGGAAUAUUGGAUUCUUCUUGGCUUUUAUCUCAACAAACAUUUUGUCAACCAAGUGGCCAAUGACCUAGCUUAUUACAUCUGUGUCUCAUGUGAAGAUUUUUCAGUCAAAGAGAAAGAAAAGUUAAUCUACUCAAUACAAUCUCCUUGGCUUCAAAUAUUAGUUGCAGAAUUGGUCUUUAAAAACCUCUGUAUAAAAAGUGGCAUUAACCUUUCUUCAGAACCCUUGUCUUUGGGAAAAUUGAUUUUUGCAUACAUCCCAGCAUUAUGGAGCGUGGGAGCAUGUGGCACCGAGGAAGUGCGGAAGAUCCAAAGAAAAGGGAAAAUAGGGCAUAGGUCCUGCCUGGAGUCUCAAAGGGCUUUACUGAUGCUAAAUGGUGAAAAUCACAACCAAAGCGAAGUGCUGCUUGAUCUCCCAUUGUAUCCAAAACUAAGAAGGAAAACAGAAGCAAGAUCUGAUUGCGUGAAGGAAAAUAUCCCCACUGCAGUGUCAGGGCUCCCACACAACUAUCAUAACACUAAAGGAGAGACGGCCCUCCAUACAGCUUGCAGAAACAACAAAGUAAAGAAAUUAAUCACUCUGCUCAGCAUACCCGGCACAGACAUUAACGUAAAAGACAAUGCUGGCUGGACGCCUUUGCACGAAGCCUGUAACCAUGGCAGCACAGAAUGUGUCCGGGAAAUUCUGCAACGCUGUCCAGAAGUGGACCUGCUCAGUCAUGUGGAUGGUGUGACUCCCUUACACGACGCCUUGCUAAACGGACAUGUCGAAAUUGGCAAAUUGCUUCUUCAGUAUGGCGGACCUAUUAUUUUGCGUCAGAAAGAUGUCAAUGGGAAGUUUCCACUGGAUUAUGUUAUUUCAGCCCAAGUAAAAAAAGAACUUUUUGACAUUGUCGAAAUCAAUGAAUCAAUUGAAGAUUUUCACAAAAAAGCAGCGCAUGAGUUUGACAAACACAAAAUAGAGUUUAGCGCGUUUCUGCUGUCUCGGAUGCUCUUGAAUUUCCGGUCUUUGUUUGGUCUGCCUUGUAAUUCGCUCUCUGCGAAAACAGUUUACUCAAAUGCAGCUUCCCUGAUUAGUCACGUCAGGGCUAAUAAUACAACAAAUUCCUUCUCAAACUCGCUGGUGGAGCGUUACCUUGAAGCCAUAGUGACUAUGCAGAACAUCGGAGACCCUGUGCAAGCCUUUCCAGAGACCCUUCUGCACACAGCCGGCCUAAAUUUACAGAUUUUAAUGGCAACACUGCGCACCUUGACUUCAAAUGAACCUCUUUCACAUGACCAACAAAAUCUGCCUUAAUUGUUAAUAGACGUUCGUUAUACAACACUAUGUAUGUAUAGAUGGUCCAUACAGAUUGUUAAUAUAUACAAUUUAAUGUAAGAUAGUACGCCUCUAUUGUUUUUGUCACACUAAUAUGUUGGAAGCAAACUUUUUGACAGUUCCGUCGCUUGUUUUUUUAAUCCUUUUUAUAUUUUAAUGGAGUUCGUUUCACAUGGAAACUUUUUGCCUCGUUUCCAUCUUCCCCCAUGGCUGCCUCCUCUGAAAUCCGUAAGUAUGCUGCUGUGCAUUGUAGUGCUCCGACUGAAACCCAUGGGAGCAGCGUUCAGGUAGAUUAUUUGCAUCAGGGGUUUCAUACUUAAGAACACUUCCUGCCUUCAGUAGAGGCAACAUGGGGAGGAAUAAAAAAAGGCAGACGUUUCACUGUCUAUCUCUAGUAACUAAACAAUGCAUCCUACGAAUAGCUUGUAAUAAAAUGCAUUGGAGUUCAUGCUAUGAAAAUAGGGCUAGAGCGGACCUUUAAUAGUAUCGUAAGCUAAAGGAAAACAAC